CACGCUUACUCCUUUCUAAAUCCAGUAUUUAUACGCUUUAUUAAUUUCUUCCUUUCCAUCCUCCUUUCGCGUUUCUUUCAUUUGAUUUGAUGAAAUAUCGUUUUCAGAUUAAUCCUUAAUCUUUUCCAGUUUCUACUGAUUCUGGAAUUCUGCUACACAUUUUGCCUGCAAUGGCUGAUCAAGUACAUUCUCGCGACUCGCCGCCGUCUCCCGAAAACUCAGUCACAUCAGGGGCUCGGCCGCCAUCGCCGCUUCCUGUAAAGACGGCCCCGUCGCCCGGAACUUACGUCGUCCAGGUCCCGAAGGACCAAAUAUACCGCUACCCUCCGCCGGAGAAUCCCCGCCGUUCCAGGUCAAUUGGGGCUCGGAAGCGUCGCCGCGGAUGCUGCUGCCGCUGCCUCUGCGUGACUCUCUGCUUCUUCGUGGCCCUCCUCUUCGCCCUCGCCAUCGCCGCCGGCGUCUUCUACCUCGUCUUCCGCCCCGAAUCGCCGAAUUACACCGUCUCGUCCGUUGCAAUCAAGGGGCUGAACGCGACGUCGGAGUCCCCGAUUUCGCCGGAAUUUGAUGUCACCGUCCGGUCUGAAAACCCUAACGACAAAAUUGGGAUUUAUUACAGGCGGGGGAGUUCUGUCACGAUUUUCUAUUCCGGCGUUGAGCUAGGUUACGGUGAACUACCGGCGUUUUUUCAGCCGGCGGUUAACGUGACGAACGUCCACGUUGAGUUGAAGAGAUCUGAGAUUAUGCUGAGUAACGCCGUUAAAUCAUCACUCAUAUACCAGCAAAGGCAACAACAACUGAACUUCAAGCUGAAUAUCAAAUCUCCCGUCAAGAUUAAAGUUGGGGCCGUUAAGACGUGGGAAAUUACGGCUAAGGUUAAUUGUGACGUCACAGUGAAUGCCUUGAACGAUAAACCCAACAUACUUUCAAAGAGCUGUAGUUACAGUUUUAAGUUGUGGUAAAAAAUUAGUUUCGUUUUUUUUCUUUGCUUAUAAAAAUUAAAUUAAUUUUUUGUUAUCACUACUAUUAUCAACUACAUAAAUACAAAUAUGAAUGUUUAUAAAAAAUGUAUUUUCUAUAAUGACAAAUAUGAACAGAAAAUACACUAUUACAGUUUUACUAUAGAGAAAACGACGUUGUAUGUAUUACUACUUAGAUCCAGAAUCCAGAUUUUUGACCUAUUGUCCUUCACUCCUUAUAAAUUACG